AUGGAAUUACGGACUGUAAAUGAUGUUGAUAUAAAGGCAGCAACGUCGCCUGGAGAAAAUUAUGCAAGUCAAAUGUAUCGAUGCAUUCUAAACGUAACAACAGCAACAACAACGGAUGGAAAACAAGAGAAAAAUUUUAAAAAAUCAAUUAUAAUAAAAUCCUUACCAACUGGAGAAAUGAAAAAAGGUUUGGAAAAAUUUUCGGCUUUCGAAAAAGAAUCACAAAUGCUCACGCAAAUCCUUCCGCUCAUGAACAAUUUGUUUAAAAAUCAUUUUCCGGAAAUGAAUAAAAUCGGUCCGGAAUGUUAUUAUUACGAAAAGUCACCAAAUGACGUCAUCAUAAUGGAAGAUUUAAAAGAGAAAAAUUUCGUUAACGUUAAUAGAAUGGACGGAUUGGACGAGGAACACACGACGAUGGUUCUAGAAACUCUAGCUAAAUUUCACGCGUCUUCAAUGGUCCUGAAAAAAAAUAAUCCGGAAUUGUUCGAGAUAUUUAAAAAACAAAUCUGGAGCGAAGAAAAUUCGGACAUGGUGAAAGAAUUUACCGGAAGCACGAUGAAAGUUUUAUCCGAAGAUAUAUUGACGUGGACGAACACGGAUUGUGGGAAAAAAUAUUCGGAUAAAUUAAAAAAUUUAAAAGAGAACAUAGUGAGUAAAUUAGUCGAUUUGCUGGAACCGGAAAAAUCAAAAUUAAACGUUUUAAUACACGGGGAUUGUUGGGUUAACAACAUCAUGUUCAGCUACGAGAAUUCCAAGACGACGACGACGACGACUGGAAAAUUAUCGAAAAUAAAAUUAAUCGAUUAUCAAUUGUCGUGCAUGAAUUCUCCAGUCAUAGAUUUACAAUAUUUUUUAUUCACGAGCGUACAAUUCGAUUUGAGAUUUAAAAAUUUGGAUAAAUUUCUUAACGUUUAUUACGUUUCCCUAAUGAAAGCGUUAAAUACGUUAAACGGUCAUCAUAACGACUUCAACGAUAUCAAAUACGAUAACGAGGAAGAUUUUAAAAAAGAAUUCGAAAGUAAAUAUUUAUUCGGUUUCAUAGUUUUCUGCACCAUUUUCCCUCAUUUCACGGUUCCAGGUGACGAAACAUUGAAACCCGACGAACUCGUCAAAGGAAAUGAAAAUAAAUUAAAAAAUAUUUUUAAAAAAGAAAAUUUAAGAAAUAAAUUAAUCGAAGGUUUUAAAUUUUUCGAAGAGAAAAAUGUUUUUUAA